AUGGUUCCAAAUGUCAUGUUUGAUCAAAAGGUUCCUGUGCUAACCUACGCAGCAUGCGAAUGGUUCCUCAUAUUCCUCAUGCUCAUCGACGCUCUCCUCUCCUAUCUCCUCGUCUGGUUCGCACGCUACUGCAGAUUGCAGAUGCCAUGUUUUCUCUGCUCCAAGAUCCUCCAUCCUCUCCACUGGAGAUUGCUCAUCUGCAGAAACCACAGAUCAGAGGUCUCAUCUUACAUGUCGUGUCUAAACCACGACAACAAGCUCUCCGACUGCCGAGGAAUGUGCAACGAUUGUCUACUGUCCUUCACCAAAACGACCGGUCCGAAUCCAGACGUGAACAGAUUGCUUCUAGGGAAGCUAGGGUAUGAUCUGCUCUCCACAAGCCAUUCUGCUCACCUUAGGUCGUGUUCUUGCUGCGAUAAACCGUGGAGGGCAAGGCACCAUACGCAGAGACUGAUUAGGUUAGGCUCUCGGGGAAGAAACUCUAAGCCGAACAUUCCUGCUCCGAGGCAUCAUCUUACCCGAAGAGGAAGCGGUGGGAGUUUGAAGAAGAUGAGAGAUCGUAGACCAGCGACGAGCGGUGGUGAGUAUGCUGACGCUGGAAGCCGCAGCGACGGUGUGGCUCAUGCGGGAUACACAGAGCUGAAGGUUCACUCCGGCUCUGAGUCUGACUUUUUGUUUACAGAUGAUGAUGCUUUCCUCCAGAUGACUGACUUCAAUGUGGUUGAGCCACCUGAGAGACGUGUUCGCAAGUCUCGGUCUAGGACAUCGUUUGAAGACAAGAAGACACCGAAGCGUAAACAGGAUGUGCAAGACAAUAAGGAUAAGAAGAAAGAUUAUAAAAACGUCGGAUCUCCCAUGCAUGAACGUAAGAUUGUAGAUAAGACUCAAGACCAACCACCUGUCCCAAUAGGAGAGCAUGCAUCUGUAAUCUUUGAACUUAUAACUAUGAGUGAAGCUCGUCCAUUCUCACUGGAUUUACCUAAAGAUGACAAUGCAGGAGAAGUAACACAUAAAGAGAAUGAAACUGAGACUAGUGGCAACUCAUCUCCUUCUGGUGGAGAAUUCUUGAGUCCUAGAGAAAACUCUGCCUCUCAGGAACUCCAGAUUCAAGAGCAUGAUGAUUCCGCAGACUCUGCUCAAAACAUCUCCGACUCUGAUGUGAAGAUGGGAGCAUCUGAUGCAGAAAUGGAGGAAAAAGUGUCUGCUCAUCAGCCUGAUUCUGUUGCAGAUGAUGAGGAAGAUGGAGCUGAAGGAGACUUCAAGCCUUCAGCGUCAGAUUCUCUGGCACAUGAACAGUCUAGUGAGGAAGAAAAAGAGACUAACGAAAAGAAUGUUGCAGAAGAAUACUUCAGUAAUGAAGAAGUAGAUGAGGUCAACGCACACUCGGAGCCGCCGUUGACCUCAAAAGAAGUAUCUGUCUCAGCUGAAGAACAAUCCAGUGAGGAAGUAGAUGAUAGUCAUGAAGUAAAGGAUGUGGACAAUGGAGAUUCUGAACAGUUAACAUCAAACAAUGCAACUGGUUCUGGUAAAGAAGAGCAUGGAGAUGAUCAUGAAGAGACUGAGCCUUUGAAGUCACCAAAACCCUCAUUAGAACAUACCGAUAAAGAUUCCUCAAAGGUGACAGAGACUCAAUCUACUUCAAAUCCAACACAGGAACUAAAGCACUCCGCAUCUGUGGAGUCCUUUGCAAGCAUCAGCAGCGACAUCGAGGGAGAAAGUCUCGUCGAUCUGUUGAAACAACAGCUAGAGUACGACAGGAAAUGUCUAAGAGAGCUGAGCAAAGAGCUAGAGGAAGAGAGAAACGCGUCGGCCAUCGCUACAAACGAAGCGAUGGCGAUGAUCACAAGGCUGCAGGAGGAGAAAGCGGCUCUCCAGAUGGAAGCGUUGCAGUACCUGAGGAUGAUGGACGAGCAAGCGGAGCACGACGUCGAUGCGCUUGAGAGAGCAAACGAUGUCUUGGCUGAUAGGGAAAAGGAGAUACAAGAUCUCGAGAUGGAGUUGGAGUACUAUAGAGUGAAGUAUCCAGAUGAGUCGAGAGAAGAGAUCCUCGCUAGCAUGGGAGUUCUUGAGGGUGUAGAGACGAGUGGAAACUCAGAAACUGAUGAGACUAGCGAGAAAGUUCCAAUAGAUGCUUGAGAAAAAGUUCAACAUUUCUAGAAGCUACAGGAGUGCUGAAAAUGGAAGCUCCAAGGCCUGAUGGUCACAGGAACCAUAUGGUGAAGAAAGCAGCUCUUUCAAGCACACAGGAAGGGAAAGAAAGAGUUGCUACCUUAGAGAAUGAGAUUUUAAACAUUGGAGAGCUUCUGCAUGUAAUAAUAAGGAGAUGUUAGGAGUUAGUUGAAGACAGAGAGCUCUGGGGGUUGAGAGAAGAUGAAUGAUUUGCCUGUAACUGAAUCAUUUGUUAUUCCUUUUGUUAGUGUUAUUUAAUGGAGAACACACCAAUCAUCCCACUGAAACCACAAGAUUACAGAGACUAUUAUAUAACUGAAAUUUUAACGCUAUAACCACAUGCUCAAUCCAAAUGAGAUUUUACCCUUUCCUACUCAAACAAAAAAAAUCUACUUGUUAUCAGACAAAGUAUAUCUCAAAACUGGAAGUGAUUCAACACUUUUCUAUCACUACUAAUAAGAGAAAAGAUAGCUAGAAGAAGAAGGGGAACAAGU